AUGUGCCACUUUCAGGUCUCCUCACACUGCUGGUGUGUUUCAUAUUUUUGUCAUAGGGUGCUGGCAGAUUACGGGCCUCCCAUAGCUGCUGCCCAGGCCCCUAAUCUGUCAUGGGCCCCUGUACCCGCCUCCUCAUGCUGCUGCCAGGUCCAGAGUGUGUCAUGGGUCCCUGUACGGCCGCCCAUUGCUGCUGUCUCCAUCGCCCACACUCUGCCAUGUACCACUUUCAGGGUCUCCUCACACUGCAUGGUGGUUUCCAUUUUUGUCAUAGGGUGCUGUAAUGUGGCCUCCCAUUGCUGCUGCCUCCACCACCACACACUGUGGCUCCACACUCUGGUUUUGGCCCCGUGACUGCCCAAAUGAGUGAAGUGUGGCGGUGAUUCUAAGAUCGACGGCACUGA